CUCCUGCCUUUUCCAGCUUCCGCUUCCUCUGUGCAGACGUGCCGAGUACGUCCCUUUGACCCCCCGGGACACGCUGCCGCCACGUCCCGGGAGCUCUGCUAGAGGCUCACUCCGGAGGCAACACUCCGGCCUUACGUUGCGGCGGGUCCCCGAGCGCCCCGGCGGGGCGGGGCGGGGCGGGGCGGGGCGGGCCGAGCUCGGGGGCGGGAGCGGAACUGCGUUUCCUGAGCAGGUCAAGUGCGACCCUCUGCCGUGGCAGGGAAGAGCGCGGGGUCAAGCGACCCGGGCCAGGUGUCUGUCUAGCCCCCUUUUGAAGACAAGUCGUUUCCCGGCUCGGGCAGUGGCUAGCGCGCGGUGAAAGCCCAGCCGCCAGCUCCCCGGGGAGAAGCGCUUCGCUGGAAGUGGGCGCCAGCCCGUUUUCCAGCUCUCCUUGCUGCUGUCAUCAGUCGCAGUGUUUCUGCAUCUCUACCUCCCAGUCCUGCUGUCGUGCAGACGUUGCAGUGGAUGUCGUGGCAGCAGGUUGCACACUGUGAUGGCAUCAGCCGUCCCUCCAAACUUCUCCUGGGUGGUGCCCGACAAGCUGGCAGGGCUGGCAAUGCCGCGACUGCCUGCACACUACCAGUACAUGCAUGAGCACGGCAUCCGACACCUGGUGUCGUUGAGCGAGCGCAGCCCACCCUACCACGACACCUGCCCUGGCAUCCAGGUCCAUCGCCUCCGCAUCCCUGACUUCUGCCCCCCAUCCGUGGAGCAGAUCCAGCGUUUCCUGCAGAUCGUGGAGGACGCCAACGCCAAGGGGGAGGCAGUAGCAGUGCAUUGCUUGCUGGGCUUUGGCAGGACAGGAACCCUGCUGGCCUGUUACCUUGUGAAGGCCACGAAGAUCACGGGGGUUGAUGCCAUCCACGAGAUCCGGAGGAUUCGGCCCGGCGCUAUCGAGACACACGAGCAGGAGAAAGCCGUCAUUCAGUUCCACCACCGCAUCAAAUAGCGGGCACUGCGGGCCCGCCCAGCCCACAGUCCUGCUGCAUUGUGGGCACCGGAGACACUGGACUGCUCGGGCACUGGUACUGCAGGGUGGGCUCCUAGGCUGGGGAGGGUGGGAGCCCUUCUCCGUGGCAGUGGCAGAGAUGCUGGUCUAUGGGUCUCACUGAGUGCCUAUGCCACCUCCAGCCCCUCCUGGCUGGGGGGUGGCACCCCAGCCUGUGUGCUCUGGGCAGAGAGCUGAGAGGAGGUGCUGAGCACAGCUGGAGAGGAAGGGAAAGGGGAAUUGUAGAGCAGCAUCUCCCCAGCCCCUUGUGAGCACCGCACUGCAUGAGCUAGACAGUAGAGCCCCAAGACAGCAGGGCUUGGCAGUCCCCUGCACUGAGACCUGCCCAGAUCCUGCCAUGAAGCCCUUAGAGAGAGAAAGCCAUGAUCAGGAAUCCCCUGGAGCUGAGAGCUUCCUGUAUGAAGCAGGUCCUCAUGGGGAGCUGAGCCAGACUGGUUUGGGCAGUGUGGGAGAUCUCCUUUGAGCUGCUGCAAACACUCCUGCACCACCCUGAAUAAAGACAGUUGUGUGGUCUGCA